AUGCGUUACCUUCACAGCGAGGAGACUCUGGAGAUUCCUGAGGGAGUCAAGGUCCACAUCAAGUCCCGGACCGUCACCGUCGAGGGACCCCGUGGCAAGCUCGUCAAGGACCUUAGCCACAUGGCCGUCAGCUUCUCUAAGCCCAAGAAGAAUGUCAUCGCCAUCACCAUCCACCACGGCGCCCGCAAGACCGUUGCCGGCCUCCGCACCGUCCGCACCCUGAUCGAGAACCUGAUUAUCGGUGUCACCAAGGGCUUCAAGUACAAGAUGCGUUACGUGUACGCCCAUUUCCCCAUCAACGUCAACAUCGACAAGAGCAACGAGACCGGUCUGUACGAGGUCGAGAUUCGCAACUUCAUCGGCGAGAAGCUCGUCCGGAGGGUCACCAUGCACGAGGGCGUCGACGUCGAGGUCUCCAAGGCCCAGAAGGAUGAGCUCAUCCUGUCCGGCAACUCUCUCGAGAACGUUUCCCAGAGCGCCGCCGACAUCCAACAGAUCUGCAGAGUCCGGAACAAGGAUAUCCGUAAGUUCUUGGACGGCAUGUACGUCUCGGAGAAGGGCAACAUCGUCGAUGAGUCUUAG